GCAAUUAUUUUAAGAUCAUUUUUGUGUGAAAUAUUAGAGCUUUAAAUGAUCUGGUGUUUGUUUCGCUGACGUUUUAUUCUGUUUUCAUUGCGUAAAUAUAUAAAGCUCUUAUUAGCCUAGUUAGCUUCGGUGCUAACACAGGCAGUAACGGGAAUUAGUUUCACAUUUUCAUAAAACAUAAUUACACAUUAUUCUGUUUAAUUGAGUUUAUUAAAGUGUAUUGAUAAUGGAUGAGGAACCAGAGAGAUCUAAACGCUGGGAAGGAGGAUAUGAAAGAACAUGGGAGGUGCUGAAGGAGGAUGAAUCCGGCUCCCUAAAGGCCACCGUUGAGGACAUUCUGUUCGAGGCCAAAAGGAAACGGGUGUUUGAAAGUCAUGGACAGGUUCGGCUUGGAAUGAUGCGACACCUGUAUGUGGUGAUCGACAUGUCUCGGACGAUGGAGGACCAGGACCUGAAACCAAACAGGCUCACUUCCACACUAAAGCUGCUGGAGUAUUUUGUGGAUGAGUACUUUGACCAAAACCCUAUCAGUCAGAUAGGAGUUAUUACCACCAAGAACAAACGAGCAGAAAAACUUACCGACCUGGCGGGCAACCCUAAGAAGCACAUAGCGGCCUUGAAAAAAGCCGUCGACUCUACGUGUGUGGGAGAACCGUCGCUCUACAAUGCUCUGAACAUCGCCAUUCAGACUCUCAAACACAUGCCAGGACACACCAGCCGAGAGAUUCUCAUCAUCUUCAGCAGUCUGACCACCUGCGAUCCAGCCAACAUCUACGACCUCGUCCAGACGCUGAAAUCCCUCAAAAUCCGAGUGUCGGUGAUCGGACUGUCUGCAGAAGUUCGUGUGUGUACCGUCCUCACCAGGGAAACUGGAGGUAGCUACAACGUGAUACUGGACGAGAGCCACUUCAAGGAGCUUCUGGCGCUCCACGUGAAGCCGCCGCCGGCCAGCUCGUCCUCCGAGUGCUCCCUCAUCCGCAUGGGCUUCCCUCAGCACAUCAUAGCGUCAGUCUCGGAUCAGGAUGCCAAGCCUUCGUUCAGCAUGUCGCACUUGGACAGCUCAGACGGAGGUCCUGGACUCACCCUGGGAGGUUAUUACUGCCCCCAGUGCAGAGCCAAGUACCUAGAGCUGCCGGUUGAGUGUAAAGUCUGUGGUCUGACUCUGGUCUCCGCCCCUCACCUGGCUCGCUCCUUUCAUCAUCUCUUCCCCCUGGAGGCCUUCCGGGAGAGUCCUCGAGAGGAGCACACAAGAGAAAGGUUCUGCCAAGCAUGCCAAGGAGAGCUUAAAGACAAGAGCGUUUUUACGUGUACGGCGUGUACGAGCGUGUUCUGCGUGGAGUGCGACCUCUUCCUCCACGACACGCUGCACUGUUGUCCGUGCUGCAUACACAAACAGGCUGCGUCCUGAUCGGAGCCUGUAGAACCAGCAACCGGGUCUGUUUUUGGCUGGAUCCAGAGCCAGUAGCAGAACCUUUGACUGAUGGAGAAGGUCGCUUCUGUGUAUUAAGAGACUAGAGUACAGGUGUGCAUUGUUUACAUCACAUGGGAUGGCGAACGGGGCAACGUUUGGAUUAAAGUGGCUGAUUUGUA